CAAUUAAAUCAAGUGCACCAAUAAGUUUGUUGACGUCACGUGUUGUUGGUUUUUUUCCCCCCGCGGGUUUAGUUAGAUGGCUGACCACUUUGGAGCUCUCCUAAUACGUCCAUGCUUUGGAGCACUUCUUAGACCGUGAGAGAUGCCACCAAAGACGAGGGCCAGAGUGAGUAAAAGAGCAGCAAACUCAGAUGAUGAUGGUGAAAAGGUUGGCAGUAAGAGGAAAGCGGCAGCUUCUGUUGAGUCUGGGAAAAGUGAGGAGAGCUCCGAACCGCCACAGUACUGCCGCUGGCUGAUGAAGUCUGAGCCCGAGAGCCGCUUUGAAAAUGGGAUCGACGUGAAGUUCGGGAUCGAGGAUCUGAAGGCGUUGCCUGAUCAGACUGGCUGCUGGGACGGCGUCCGCAAUUAUCAGGCGCGCAAUUUUAUGAGGCAGAUGAAAAACGAGCAGUUGGCUUUCUUUUACCACAGCAACUGCAAGGAACCUGGGAUAGCCGGAGUCAUGAAAAUUGUGAAGGAAGCUUAUGUGGAUCACACUCAGUUUGACAAGAAAGAUGUCCAUUUUGAUGCAAACAGUAAACCAGACAACCCCAAAUGGAGCAUGGUAGAUGUCCAGUAUCAAAGAAUGCUGAAGCGUUUUCUUCCUCUGUCUGAGCUGAAAAAGUACCACCUGCAGCACCGAGCCAAAGGAGGGCCUCUGAAGGACAUGGCGCUUUUUACAAGAGCCAGGCUCUCCGUGCAACCCCUAACCACCGAGGAGUUUGACUUUGUCCUGAGUUUGGAGGAUGAGGAGCCUCUGUGAGGGUUUGGACCAGAUGAUGCUUUGUGACACAGUGGACGCAGUGGCAUCAUUCACAGCACUGUAGUGUUUUCUUCUUGUUCAUGAAUAUGAUUAAAUGUGUUUUUGUAAAAUAA